AUGUGUAGGACGGCUAGACGUGUAUUCCUUACAGCUUGUCGCGCUUUACUUACCUGGCGUAAUGAAGAGCCAGUAAAUGAUCAUUGUGAUCCAAUUCCACCAUCUGCAUUCAAUGCAAACACAUUUAUUGAAUCAGAAAUUAAUCGAUUAGAUGCACCAUUAGCUACAUGGUUUAGAAAUCGUCUAUGCUUAUUGCUGUAUCCAAGUGAUACAACAGGGAAUAUUCUACGAGGUAUUGAUCAACAUUCUUCAAUGACUAAAUCACUGGUAUCAUCGUCAUCGACUAGUCAUGGUGCGGUUAUCCCGUCGUCGAGAAGUUAUAAUGCUGCACUGACGUCUUCACCUUCAGCGAACAGUAUUACUCAAAAUCAAAAUAAUAAUAUUAACAGUAAUGAUAAUAGUAGUAAGAAUAAACAUAAAUAUUCGUCAAGUCAAGCACAACAGCAGCACCAGCAACACUGUACCAACAUCCUUCAUAAUUCUUCAACUUCAUCUUCGCCUAUUGCCUCGUCUAUUAUUCCAACGAAAUUACCUCCGAUCCCACCGCCAAGACGAGUGACAAUCAACAACUUUGAAUUAAACGAUAAUAAUAAAAAGGAUCUAGUUAAUAAAUAUGAUCCACUCAGGCAUAACAAUGAACAACGUGAUCAAAAUCCCAAUAUAAAAAAGAUUAAAUCUCAAAUAUUGAACUCAUCUUUUGUACGUAUUGCCCUGGAACCAGCGUAUGAUUUAGUUGCUUUAUCUGAAUCUGGUAAUUACAGCAGUGCAAGUGAGUUCGAAGAUGAAGACGAGGAUGAUGAUGAGGACGAGGUUGACGAGGGGGAGGAGGAGGCGGGCAAUGUCGACGAUGAAGCCGACGUGUCCGUAGAUGAUAUUGACGGGGAUAUUAAGCCUAAUAAUAAAAAGAGAGAUCGAAAAAAGGCGAAAACAAAUAAUCCUAGUGAACCUAUUUAUACCGGACGAUCACUUGGCUCCGAGGCUGAUCUCCAAUGUGAACAAGUUACAGUGCUGAGAAAUGCAUUGACUCGAUCCACUAAUCAAUUAAAGCCCUUAUUACCUAUCCCAGGUUUAUCAUUUGUUAUGAAUUCAUUUGAGGCGACUAAAAAGUUGCCUAAUUCUGAUGAAUAUUAUGAAUCCGUUGACUGGGUACGUGGUCCUAUUCUCGGGCAUGGUGCAUUCUCUCAAUGUUAUCAAGCCCGUGAUGUUAGAACUGGUCUCCUGUUGGCUGUUAAACGGAUACGUCUUGGACGAAAUUCUCUCUUCUCACUUUAUUCAUCCGAUAAUAAUAAGAAAAAGCAUCAAUCAACGCCAAUUCAGGAUCCAGUGAUGAAUCAUCCUUCACGUCCAUUAUCACCAACAUCGUUGAAUCAACUGACUGAAGUUGAAACUGAAGUACGCAUUAUGCUACAAUUAGAUCAUCCAAAUGUUCUCAGGUUAUUCGGGGCUGUUCAUUGUGUUAAACGUGGUUUUGUUGAUCUGUUUAUUGAAUGGAUGCCUGGUGGAAGUAUUACCAGCUUGUUACAACAAUAUGGUGCAUUCAAUGAGUCGAUUACACUAAAUUAUGGUAUACAGUUGAUACGUGGUUUGGCUUAUCUACAUAAGCAUGGAAUAUUACAUAGAGAUUUAAAAG